AUGUCGGGGUCUACUGGCGAUGGGGAGAAUCCAAGGCAUUCCAACCCCCUGCGCCGUGAACGAGCUCCAACCAUCACGAUUGACACAUCUGCGGUGAGCCCGGUGGACACGUCUUCCCGCCAGCAGAACAGUCCGGCUGGUCAUCUCCAAGCUCCUUCGCUAGGUUCUCGCGAGAAUUCAGACUUAGAGAGUAGGGGCCUAUCUACGAGCUCGAGCGUCUCCCCUACCGAUGCCCGCUCCACUCAUUCCUCCGAAUGGCGAGAUCGAGAAAGUCGCCCGACGUCUCCACAUAAUGUGUCGUCUCCCACGUUGAGGUUGGGCGAAUCCAAUUCCAAUUUCCUGUCCGUGCCAGGGACAAGGUCUCGCGGGAAUUCCUUGGAGUCAGAAAGCACUGCUAGCCAUUAUGGCUCUCUCGGAGGAGACACCUACGUCCAAUCCACCAACUCUCCCACCGAGCGUGCCUCGGGGGACCUGAGCCGAGGAAACAGCUACGUCAUCAACGAUGAAGAAGCUCUGAGGCCGGACCCAGGGACUGAGCAAGACUUCCAAGUGGAGAACAACAAAUUCGCCUUCUCGCCCGGUCAUCUGAACAAAUUGUUGAACCCCAAGAACCUAGGAGCUUUCCACGCCCUGGGUGGUCUUUCGGGGCUGGAAAAGGGACUCAGAACGGACCGACGUACUGGUCUGAGCGUCGACGAGACCUAUCUGGAUGGGACCGUCAGCUUCGAGGAGGCCGUGAGGGCGACUAAUGCUGGAGAUCGGCCACCCAAGCCCGCUUCGCGAACUAACACGAUGGGAUCGAGCGCAACGAAGAGCAGUCAGAGCGAGGACGCUUUCGCGGACCGCAAACGCGUUUUUGGCACCAAUCGACUUCCUACGAAGAAAAUUAAGUCCAUCUGGGAGCUGGCCUGGAUCGCGUAUAACGACAAGGUGCUGAUUUUACUGACGGUUGCCGCGGUAAUCUCCCUUGCUCUUGGAAUCUACCAAUCCGUUACGGCUACAGACGGCGAAGCGAGAGUUCAAUGGGUGGAGGGAGUCGCAAUCAUCGUGGCGAUAUUGAUUGUUGUCAUUGUCGGAGCCGCCAACGACUGGCAGAAGGAACGCCAGUUUGUCAAAUUGAACAAGAAGAAGGAGGAUCGACUCGUCAAGGUCGUUCGGUCGGGGAAGACGGUGGAGAUUUCAGUCUACGACGUCCUCGUUGGCGAUGUGAUGCACCUGGAGCCGGGAGAUCUGGUGCCUGUGGACGGGAUCUUGAUCGAAGGUCACAAUGUGAAGUGCGAUGAAUCUGCCACGACUGGAGAAUCCGACCUGUUGCGCAAACAGGCCGGUGACGAUGUCUACCGCGCGAUCGAAAACCACGAGAAUCUUUCGAAACUCGAUCCCUUCAUCGUUUCCGGAGCGAAAGUCUCGGAAGGCGUGGGAAAAUUCCUGGUCACCGCUACUGGACCGAACUCGAUAUAUGGGAAAACUCUGAUGUCUCUCCAGGACGAAGGUCAGACAACGCCACUGCAGUCGAAACUGAACGUGCUCGCCGAGUAUAUUGCCAAGUUGGGUUUGGCCUCUGGGCUCUUGUUGUUCAUCGUGCUCUUCAUCAAGUUUUGUGUGCAGCUCAAAGACUACGGUAGUGCCUCAGAAAAGGGUCAGGCCUUCCUCCAGAUUUUCAUUGUUUCUGUCACGAUCAUCGUUGUCGCUGUUCCCGAGGGAUUACCCUUGGCUGUCACCCUUGCUCUCGCCUUUGCUACAACGAGGAUGCUGAAAGAUAACAACCUGGUACGACUGUUGCGGGCUUGCGAAACAAUGGGCAAUGCGACCACGAUCUGUUCGGACAAGACAGGAACACUUACACAGAAUAAAAUGACAGUGGUGGCUGGUGCCUUGGGGCCAUCUUUUAGAUUCGGGGACAAGCAGUCUACGAACUCGUCGCAAUCGGAGAACCAGGGAGGUUCUGAGGCUCCUCUUGACGACGUAUCUCCGUCCGAAUUUGUCGGGAGUCUGUCACCGCCAGUCAAAGAAGUCCUCGUGCAGUCGAUUGUCUUAAACUCUACGGCCUUUGAGGGAGAAGAAAACGGCACCCCGACGUUCAUCGGGUCGAAGACGGAGACUGCCCUGCUGACCUUUGCUCGAGAUCAUUUGGCUCUGGGUUCAGUUAGUGAAGAACGAUCCAACGCGGACAUGGUACAGAUGGUUCCGUUUGAUUCCAGCCGCAAGUGCAUGGCCGUCGUGAUCAAACUGCAGAACGGACAUUAUCGAAUGCUCGUCAAGGGCGCGUCGGAAAUUCUCAUCUCAAAAUCGACCCGGAUGGUCAGCGAUCCGAAGAAGGGUCUGACAGAGACACCUAUCACGGAUAAGCAACGUUCGACCCUUGAAAGCAUAGUGACCGACUACGCGUCCCGCUCUCUCCGAACGAUUGCUCUACUGUAUCGAGAUUUCGAACAGUGGCCACCACGUGGCGCGCCUACACAGGAAGAGGAUCGAAAGCUGGCAGUAUUUGAUGCUAUCUUUAAGGACAUGGUGUUUCUUGCCGUUGUUGGCAUCCAGGAUCCUUUGCGACCCGGUGUGACCGACUCGGUCCACCAGUGUCAGCGCGCGGGAGUAUUUGUGAGAAUGGUCACAGGUGACAAUAUUCUGACUGCAAAGGCCAUUGCCCAGGAGUGUGGGAUUUUCACCCCCGGAGGCGUUGCUAUGGAAGGUCCAAAAUUCCGGCAAUUGAGUUCGAAGAAAAUGAACCAGAUCAUCCCCAGGCUCCAGGUUCUGGCGCGGUCUAGUCCGGAGGAUAAGAAGAUCCUUGUUGCUCAGCUCAAGAAGUUGGGUGAAACGGUCGCGGUCACUGGUGACGGGACAAACGAUGCUGCGGCGCUCAAGACAGCGGAUGUGGGUUUCUCAAUGGGAAUCUCUGGAACCGAGGUCGCCAAGGAGGCCUCCGAUAUCAUUCUGAUGGAUGAUAACUUCACGUCCAUUGUUAAGGCGAUCGCCUGGGGUCGGACGGUCAAUGACGCGGUGAAGAAGUUCUUGCAGGUCAGUCUGACUAGCGCUCCAUUCCAAAUCACGGUCAACAUCACUGCUGUUGUUCUGACUUUUGUAUCCGCCGUUGCCAGCGGGGAUGAGAGCUCCGUUCUCACGGCUGUGCAGCUGUUAUGGGUUAACCUCAUUAUGGACACUUUUGCUGCUCUGGCUUUAGCAACGGAUCCUCCUCCAGCUCAUAUCCUCGACCGUUCACCAGAACCGAAAUCUGCCCCUUUGAUUACAUUGACCAUGUGGAAAAUGAUCAUCGGACAAUCGAUCUAUCAGCUGGUUGUUACGUUGGUCCUGAACUUUGCGGGAAUGAGUAUCUUCAACUACUCAACCAAGGAAGAAAUGGAAGAACUGAAGACUGUUGUCUUUAAUACCUUUGUGUGGAUGCAGGUCUUCAAUCAGUACAAUUGCCGCCGUCUUGACAACCGUUUCAACAUCUUUGAGGGAAUGUUCCGCAACAAAUGGUUCCUCGGAAUCCAGCUCAUUAUCAUUGCGGGACAGGUGAUGAUUAUCUUUAUUGGGGGGCAGGCCUUUUCAGUCCACCGACUGAACGGACCCCAGUGGGGUUACUCGCUCGUCCUUGGAGCCAUAUCCGUUCCUGUCGCCGUCAUUAUCCGUCUGAUCCCGGAUGAGUUCAUUCGUCGACUGAUACCGUCGUUCUGGAAUCGCAAGAAACAGCGUCCUCAGGUUCUGGUCUCGGACGAGGAUCGGCGGUUCGAGUGGAAUCCGGCUCUCGAGCAAAUUCGGGAUGAGCUCGCCUUCCUCAAGACGGUCCGUGGCGGGCGCCUCAAGAACAUCCGACACAAGCUGCAGCACCCUGAGACUUUGCUUCCUCGAUCGCGCAGUGGCUCACGCUCCCGGGAUAACUCCAUUCCGCCAACGCCGGUUGGAGACAACGAUGCUUCGUCGCCUCCGCCUGCUACUCCGGAUUCGCGGCGUUCGAGAAUGCGGACCCGAUCUCGCUCCAAUUCUGCGUUUGGUCCCGCUGCCGCCAUGGCGGGCGUGAUUGCAGGCAGCGUGGCCGGAUGGUCACCUAUCGAAAGGAACCCCGGCGACUCGGAUUCGUGGAAUUUUUCGCGCAACAGUCCGCAUUCCGGAUUGGAUCAGCAACAGGGGAUUGAGAUCCAUCCGGACACAAGUGCUGACGACCCUAUAAUCGGGGAUUACGACCUCUCGUCAAGCACGCCACCCAGCCAGAAUCCGGACCUUGUCCCUGUUUUCGAGUACGCCCCUCCGGAUCGCACGCCUAGCCGUGGGCGGCGUUCGACUUCGAGACGCUCGCGAUCGAACACCAGCCGCAGCCAGUCUCAGCAGUGA